AUGUCACCCUCACCACAAACUUCAAGCCCAGAUGGCCAAGGGACACACGGAGAUCACGACUUGGCUUCGGAGAACCUCCGCUCAAGCUUGCCGAGAACACCAUCCCACUCUCUUCUGCUUAGCUUCGUCAAAGAGCCUGCCGAGGAUGGCAACCGGAACGUCAUGCUGCCAGAUCAGACCUCGGAUGGGAACCAUGCCGUGGAGCGAGCACGUGUGCGCAUGGCACAGCGUAUUCAACAGCUUGAUGCUGUGCAGGGAAAUUCUACAGGUUGA